CUCGUCAUUCAGCCGCCCCGGGCCCGGCUCGAGUUCGCCUCUCCUGCUGCUCCCCUUCCUCCCCCUCUCCUCUCCCGUUCUCCCGUUGGGGCUCGUGCGGGCGGGCGCGGGCCUCGCCCUUCUGUUGCCUUGACUCGCCGCCGCUCAAGCGGGACGGUCCCUGCCUCUCCUGCGCCGCCUUCCUCUUCGUUCUCGAGCGGACCGGGCAUCGGCUCCCCCCCCCCCGCCCCCCCCCCCCGGCGGAGGCCAUGGCGGCGAGCGCCAAGCGGAAGCAGGAGGAGAAGCACCUGAAGCUUCUGAGGGAGAUGAGCAGCCUCCCGCCCAACCGCAAGUGCUUCGACUGCGACCAGCGCGGCCCCACCUAUACCGACAUGACGGUGGGCAGCUUCGUUUGUACUUCCUGCUCCGGCAUCCUGAGAGGUUUAAAUCCACCUCACAGAGUGAAAUCCAUUUCAAUGACCACAUUCACACAGCAAGAAAUAGAAUUUCUUCAGAAGCAUGGAAAUGAAGUAUGUAAACAGAUAUGGCUAGGAUUAUUUGAUGAUAGAUCAUCAGCAAUUCCAGACUUCCGGGACCCUCAAAAAGUCAAAGAAUUUCUACAAGAGAAAUACGAAAAGAAAAGAUGGUAUGUUCCUCCAGAACAAGCAAAAGUUGUGGCUUCUGUCCAUGCAUCCAUAUCUGGAUCGUCUGCUAGUAGUACAAGUAGUACUCCAGAAGUUAAACCACUUAAAUCUCUCUUGGGAGAGUCUGCACCAGCACUGCACUUAAAUAAAGACACACCUACACAAUCUCCUGUUACAAUUCGGUCUCAUGGGCAGUCACAAGAAAAGAAGCAAUUCGAUCUUCUCAGUGAUCUUGGUUCAGACAUAUUUGCUGCUCCUGCUCCGCACCCCACAGCUACUGCAAAUUUUGCUAAUUUUGCACAUUUCAACAGUCAUACAGCGCAGAACUCUGCAAACGCAGGUUUUGCAAACUUUGAUGCAUUUGGACAGUCUAGUGCUUCGAGUAAUUUUGGUGGUUUCCCCACAGCAAGUCAGUCUGCUUUUCAGCACCAAAAUACAGCGUUCAGAACGCUUUCAUCUAGCUGCAGUUUUGGUGACUUUACUACUUCUGCUUUCCCUGGCCAGGCUAUGCGCAGUAAGUUCCACCAAGGUGGGAGCGCUCGAUCAGUGAAUGCUAACUUUGCACACUUUGAUAACUUCCCCAAAUCUUCCAGUGCUGAUUUUGGAGCCUUCGGUGGUUCUCAGAGCAACACAACUGCAGCCAGUAAAGCUGUAGUGAAUAAACCAUGUCUCCAAUCAGCAGAUAAAUACGCAGCUCUUGCUAAUUUAGAUAAUAUCUUCAGCACAGGGCAAGGUGGUAAUGAGCAAGGAAAUGGCUUUGCUGCCAGUACAGUACCUGCUGUGUCGGCUCCAAGUCAAACAAGUACAUCUUCAGACAAGUAUGCAGCUCUAGCAGAAUUGGACAGUGUGUUCAGCUCCACGGCAACCACUAGUAAUGCAUAUACUUCCACUAGUAAUGUUAGCAGUAAUGCUUUUGGAACAGUUCCAGUUGGUGCUAAUACACAGACGCAGUCUGCAUCAUCCAGUGUUCCUGCUCAGUUUGGAGCAACACCAUCCACAAAUCCGUUUGUGGCUGCACCGGUAGCUGCAGUAGCAGCAUCAACAAAUCCAUUCCAAACCACCAGCCGAGGAGCAGCAGGCCUUUCAGGAGCAAUUCACUCUCAUAUAUUUCCUCAGGCUCACUUUGCCACAACAUUUGGCACAGCCUCCAUGAGUAUGCCCGCAGGAUUUGGAACAACUGCCUCAUACAGUCUUCCUACUAGCUUUAGUGGUAACUUCCAGCAGCCUGCAUUCCCAACUCAGGCAGCUUUUUCUCAGGCUGCUUUCACUCAGCAACCUAAUGGUACUGGCUUUGCUGCGUUUGGACAAGGAAAAUCAGUAGUAACCCCAUUUGGACAAGUUACAGCUGUUGGAGUCUCCAGUAAUCCUUUUAUGGCAGGAGCAGCAACGGGGCCUUUUCCAACAGGAAGCUCAGCAACCAAUCCUUUCUUAUAGCCUUAUAGACACUUUACUUAAAAGAACUCUAUGUGAUCACAUAACAUCUCUAUGCCUCUUGCACUGUUGUCUUGUUUCACUGACCUUAGCUUUAAACACAAAAUAAGUCUUUCAGAGAGAAAAAAAGUCUGCAUUGUGUAUUAAAACCAAGGAACACCAGGUGAUGUACAAAACAUGGAACUGUGGUAACAUCCUUUCUUGUGCAAUGGCAGGAGAAUGUUAAUAGUAUCAUGUAUAUUAAAAUUGGCUAAUAUUAAGUUAUUGCAGAUAUCAUUCAUUAUGCUGCAGUAUUGUACAUAUUUUUCUCUUAGGAAUUAGUUAUUUGUGCAUAUCAGUAUUUGUAACUUUUAACACACUGUUAUGUGAAAAAUGUUACUGGGAGAAAUAGAUCAGCCAGUUUAAAGUGCUGUCAUAUAUCUUGGAAUGAAUGGCCUACAUCAUUUUAACAUUGCUUGUUGGGAUUUAUGAAUUCAGAACUGAAGUUUUAUUCAUUUCUUGAAGUGUUUUUUUUUUCUUUCCUGAAGAGCUCUUCUAUUUAUACAUGCCUAAAUUCUAUAUAAUGUGGAGGGAUACCUGUCUGCAUAAUAAAGCUGAUCGUGUUUUGCUACAGAUUGCAGGUGGACAAAAUAAAUAUUAAAAAAGUG